UGGCCAGCAUCGCUCCUCCCGUGUUCUAGAGAGUUCUGAGAGGGAGUGCAGUGGAGGAGGCGCGGCCGCUCACACUUACUGACAGCGGGGAGAAACAGACUAACACACCGAGCGUCACUCAGGGCGAAGCCAGCCUUCAGUACAGCUUUGAAAAAUAAAUUAUAAAAAGGAAGACUGAUUUUAAGGAACCAUGUCCAAGGGACCAGCAGUCGGCAUUGAUCUUGGCACUACCUACUCCUGUGUGGGAGUGUUUCAGCAUGGCAAAGUUGAAAUCAUUGCCAAUGAUCAGGGAAACAGGACCACACCCAGUUAUGUUGCUUUCACUGACACUGAGAGGCUGAUUGGGGAUGCAGCCAAGAAUCAGGUGGCCCUGAACCCAAACAACACAGUGUUCGAUGCAAAGCGUCUUAUUGGACGUCGGUUUGAUGACAGCGUGGUCCAAUCAGACAUGAAACAUUGGCCUUUUACUGUCAUUGAUGAUGCUACACGCCCCAAAGUGAAGGUGGAUUACAAGGGCGAGACCAAAACCUUCUACCCAGAGGAGAUCUCCUCCAUGGUGCUCAUUAAAAUGAAGGAGAUUGCAGAAGCGUACCUCGGGAAGACUGUAUCAAAUGCAGUAGUAACUGUGCCUGCCUACUUCAAUGACUCGCAGCGCCAGGCCACCAAAGAUGCAGGGACCAUUUCUGGGCUUAACGUCCUGCGUAUCAUCAACGAGCCGACUGCCGCUGCUAUUGCUUACGGCCUGGACAAAAAGGUCGGAUCUGAGAGAAACGUCCUCAUCUUUGACCUGGGUGGUGGCACAUUUGACGUCUCCAUCUUGACUAUUGAAGAUGGUAUCUUUGAGGUGAAGUCCACUGCAGGUGACACCCAUUUGGGUGGGGAAGACUUUGAUAACCGCAUGGUCAACCACUUCAUCUCCGAGUUCAAACGCAAGUACAAGAAAGACAUCAGCGACAACAAGAGGGCGGUGCGUCGCCUGCGCACUGCAUGUGAGCGGGCCAAGCGAACUCUGUCAUCCAGCACUCAGGCCAGCAUUGAAAUCGAUUCUCUGUACGAGGGAGUUGAUUUCUAUACCUCAAUCACCCGGGCCCGGUUUGAGGAGCUCAACGCAGACCUGUUUCGAGGAACCCUGGAGCCUGUGGAAAAGGCUCUCCGAGACGCCAAGAUGGACAAAGCUCAAAUCCACGACAUUGUCCUUGUGGGAGGUUCCACUCGUAUUCCCAAAAUCCAAAAGCUGCUGCAGGACUUUUUCAACGGAAAGGAACUCAAUAAGAGCAUCAACCCUGACGAAGCAGUGGCCUAUGGUGCAGCUGUGCAGGCAGCCAUCCUGUCAGGGGACAAAUCGGAGAACGUGCAGGACCUGCUGCUACUGGAUGUGACCCCUCUGUCUCUGGGAAUCGAGACCGCUGGAGGAGUCAUGACUGUUCUCAUCAAGAGGAACACCACUAUCCCAACCAAGCAGACCCAGACCUUUACCACCUAUUCAGACAAUCAGCCUGGUGUGCUCAUUCAGGUGUUUGAAGGGGAAAGGGCCAUGACCAAAGACAACAACCUCUUGGGGAAAUUUGAGCUGAUUGGAAUCCCUCCUGCACCCCGAGGGGUUCCUCAGAUUGAGGUAACUUUUGAUAUCGACGCCAACGGCAUCAUGAACGUGUCCGCGGCAGACAAGAGCACCGGGAAGGAAAACAAGAUCACAAUCACUAACGAUAAAGGUCGCUUGAGCAAGGAGGACAUUGAGCGUAUGGUUCAGGAAGCAGAGAACUACAAGGCUGAGGACGACGUCCAGCGAGAGAAGGUGAUUGCUAAGAAUGGUCUGGAGUCUUACGCCUUCAAUAUGAAGUCCACUGUGGAGGACGAGAAGCUGAAGGACAAGAUCAGUGAUGAGGACAAAAAGAAGAUUGUAGACAAGUGUAACGAAGUCAUCAGCUGGCUGGAUAGAAACCAGACUGCAGAAAAAGAUGAGUUUGAGCAUCAGCAGAAGGAGCUGGAGAAGCUGUGUAACCCCGUCAUGACCAAGCUGUACCAGAAUACAGGGGGUGUGCCUGGAGGGAUGCCAGGGGGCUUCCCCGGCUCUGGUGGUGCUCCGGGAGGGGGAGCAUCCUCCGGCCCCACUAUUGAGGAGGUCGACUAAACUAAAGCUUCACAAACAUGCAUGAGCUUUUCUCUUUACUAUUUACAGGUUGGUGUGAGUGGCGGUAAGAUCUCAGUUUUCUAAAUUGUUAUAUUCAGAUAAAUGUACCACGCAACUUUGGGUUUGUUUUGUUCCAUUUUGUACACCAGGCUUAAGUAAACACUUCUGCUGGGUUUGUUCUAGGUUCUUUUUUAGCGGAUGCAGAUCUUCCAGUUGAACCAAUUAUUUGUAUCGUCACAGUGUUUUUUUUUUAUUGAGUUGCUUGUACGGUUGCAGUACAUUACAAAGUGGGACUAAAUAAAACAUUUUUUUGAAAUUGAAAUAAUAAGCAUCUCAUUCAAAACAUAAAUUAUAAAAGCUUCUAUGACAUCCCAUUCUGACGGAUUAUGUGUGUAAUAGUAUAUAUCUGCUUAACACCUAAUAUUAAGUAAAGUGUAUAAUGUGGAGUUCAGGUAAAGUAAUUUUAAAGUUGCUUAUACCUGAACUCUACAUCAUACAAUCCAGGGCUGCAGUUGAUCGAAUAUUAUUUCUGAUCAUGAUUCUGGCUCCCCACAAUACAAUGAACAUUGACAGCGAUAUUGUCAAAAAUGCAUUCACCUGCUCAUUGUAAACUCCACUGCAUAUCAAAUCAAGUGAUUCCUAAACUAUCGGCCACCAGGGGGCGAUCAUCGAGAUGUUCGGGCUUCACUUUUCAAGAGUCAUCACUUUGCUGUGGAGGCAUGUAGAAACUGAUUGUUUCAACUGCAGUUGAGAAUGGUAAAAAAAUGAAAUACAAAAUGAGGGAAAUGCAGUGAACAGGAAUGUAGCAAAACAUGGAAGUAAAAGCAGAUUUCUGUGAAAUAAAACCUAUUUGUCCCAAUUUACAUUUAUCUAACUACCCACUUUUGGUUAAUAGUCCCUCUUUUGGGAGGAGGUUACCACUGUGAAACUGUCACUGCUUUGGUUAUAAACCACAAAAUAAAUUUGCUAAAAAUGGA